UCUAAGAAGUAUAAAACGUAAAAAUUAUGAAAAGUGCAGACCUUAUUUCUAGGGUUGUGCUUCGUUCACUCUUAAGCGCAGAAGGAUGAAUAGCAAUCCGACAACGGCGGCGACGAUGGCUGGUGCGGCGGCGCAGCUGCAAGAGGGAAUUAAUUUCUUGCUUUCAUGGUGGACUGCGCUUCGUCUUCUCACUCAGUCCAAAGAGGAAGUAUCUAUUUGCCAUGGGGACGAUAUGCUUUACGAUUUCAUGGAUACUCUCAAUACUGAUGUAGACGGUGGCAGCAUCGAAGAGAUAUCAGAUAAAUUGAUGGUAAUGCGUGAAGAAUGUUCAGAAGGUAACUUUGAUUCGAUAAGUGAUUUGCGAGAAACAAAUACUCUUAAUAUGUCUUAUGUCAGACAGGUAACAUCGGUUAACUCUUCGUACUUGAAACUUUUUUUUUAAAUGAAAUGUUCGAGUCUUAUGUGUGUAUUUAGCCAGUUCUGCGGCAUUCAUUUCUACCCUGCCAAUUAAUUUAAUUGAAGAUCCUUAGAAUGUGUUGUCUGUAUUAGUUAACAGUUAACAAAUGUUUACCGACGAAGAAAAGAUAUGCCUGCAAAACCCGACCGCCAAACAAACAAAACUAGUAAUUGGUUCCCUCAUCGUCCCUAUGAACAACUAAUACUACCUGUUUUGUAGAACCUCCUAUUUAUUAUUUAUUUUUUCAGAUAGACGUGUCCAAAAGAAUGAUUUUGCAUUAUUUACCCAAAGAAAAAUAAAUGUUUUGUCAAUUUCUCUUUCAUUUGUGAAAACCAAUUUAAUCUAUAAUACGGAAGCAUCCAAAUCCAUUUGUGGCCAUAAUUGCAAUUUUCAUCGUGUCCUGGAAUUAAAUUUUAUUAUAUACUUGUUUCGCUUUUUUUUUUUUUUAAUUCCUGUAAUUUUGUAUUGGGGAAUCAAUGACGAGGAAGAAAGUGAAGAUGAUACAUUGAGAGACGAUAACUCGUCUGAAUUGAAAGUAGAUGCUCCACAAUCACAAUCAAUUCAUAGUCAAAAGGACUCGGUUAUCCAGCACAUAGACACGAGAGGAACACCUGAAGUUGUCUAUGAAUGGAAGGUAGUAUGCUCCAAGCAUAGUAAAAGUAGAAAAAAAUUGAAGUAACAACUUAUCAACUCUUAAAACAACUUAUUAAAAUCUUAUCAACUGUUUAAAAUAAGCACAUCCAAAAUGGCCCUUAUGAAUUGUGCCUUGUGGUGGUCCAUUGUUUCAAGUUAGGGUGGGACUUAUUAAUACAAUUUUUGUUUAGAGAAC